CCUUUCCUUCUGGUUAGUUAGUUACCGUCUCUCGUCGAAGUGAAGUGAGCGUUUCUCUAUUCCGUGUGGUGUGUGACGACGACGGCGUGUCGAUUUUCGUCCGUUUCCCCCUAUACACACAUACACAUUUUCCGGAUUUUCUGCUGUUGUUAUUGCUACAUCAUCAUUACUGUUAUUAUUGCUGGUGCCUCGCGCGGUUGCUGUUAUUAUUAUUGUUUUGGUCGUUUUUUUCGCGCUUUCGCCUGUUGUUUCUUUCGGACUGCUGUCGUUGCAGUGUGAAGAAGAGGCACGAAGCGCAGCCUGCAAGCAAGGUGGUUCGAUUCGCCUCUUGGCUGUGUGUGAUUCGUGAUCAAGUGCGGGCGCGAUCUAGGUCGGGUUCGAUCGAGCUCAGGAGUGUGAAUUAUUGGCCCCGAAAAUAGAAGAAUAAAAAAAUUGGCGAAACAACCGUUGGUAGUGGUGUGGUGUGGUAGCGGCCCCCAAAAGUGGCAGCCGAUGUGAUGUGAUAGCGACUACUGCCAAAUUCCUUCGGCCCCGAAAACGCACACGCACGCUCCGCUGUGUGAAGAGAGCACGGUUAGUGCGGGUAGCCUAGCCGGCCGUGCGGUGGAUUUGGCCAAUUGUGCGAGACGCGUUUUUUUUUUGCGCGAAUUAUUCAUCGCUGCCUCUGCCGAUCGGUAGCAAGGUAGUGUUGGUCGGUGGUGUGUGACCGUGAAUCAAAUAUGCCACGACGGGGCGAAUUGUGGUAGUGCCACGAAGUAUGGUGCGUGAUAAGUGUGAACGGAAUUUUCGGAAGAGCCAAGAAGAAACAGCUUGAGUAGGCUGCAGAGCAAAAAAAAAGAAAGCAAGAAGAAGUUCUUGGAUAGAUAGAGUGAGUGCACCGCCAGUUGCCAGUAAGAAGGGGCGUUGGUGUGGUACGAUUCAAUUGCGAAGAAACCCUUGAGGAAGGAUUUUCAAUCGUCCGGCGACCGACGGACCCGAAUGAGCCGAUUGUGUGCGAUUGCGGCAAGGCGAAAAAAAGAACUACAAGCUACGAGACCGCGCCUCAGUCCUCGUUUUGUCCAAUAAAUUAAUUAAAGUAAACACAUCACGAGAAGGCAGCAGCCUUCCAGAGUUGUGACUGGCCUUUAGCUGCCAAGAGGACCAAGUAGGAAGUGCGCAGUAGUGCAAAAGCAAAACCCAAGCACCACCAAGCCAAACCAUACCAAAAAAAAAGUGAUCCAAGAAGUAAAAUUCCAAUCCAGAAGAGCAGAAGUGUGUUGUUGUUUGCAGAAAGCAUGGAAAAAAGUGAAAGGAAGUAAGCAGGCAACAACCAGAAGCAGCAGUACUUCAACUAGGGAACGGAAUCAACGGAAUGCAUCCAGCAACGGUACAGGAGAAAAGUUGAAAACAAGUCGUUUCAGUUUCAAGUUUCCAAGUGGCAUUUCAUAAGAAGCUGGUUAGGAGCAGCUUGUUGCAACCGGGUGUACACUUCCAUGCAUGUGUCUCUCAGUGGGAAGAAAGGUUUUCUUUAGUAAUUCAUGAGAGUGUUGAAAAACGCACUUGUUUUUUUCGGAGACACUGAGAGAAAUAAUGGACUUAAGUCGGAACAGAGCCCCCGAAAGUGGUUUGAAGAGCAAAAGGCGAAAGACACCGACGAAUUUCGGUCUGCACUGUGGCGAUAAUUGAAGGUAACGUCCACCUAUCGGACGCUUUAGUGGCUUACCCCCAGGUGGUGAUUUCUUUUAGUGAGCCGUUUCAUCGAAGAAAAAAAAACGAGAAAAAAGUGCGUCGUAGUGCGUUGGCAUUCGAAGUUGCCCGCUGUUGGGUUGCGUAAGGUUGAAGACUUCGGGCGGUACCGACGCCGCCACCGCAGCAAAAGUGAAAAUCCAAUUUUAUUGCCCCCAGGAAGAAGUCGGAGAAAAACGAGAAGAAAAGUUCAACGAAGCAACAAAAUAUCGGCACAGUGUCCCUGCGUUGAAACUGAAAACGGAAAAUAGUUACAGCCAGCAUUUGCCUCCCCCUAGAUUACUGUAGUGUGUUUCUAUCGCCAGAAGCCCAGAAGAAGGUGAAGAAAGCCCGUGAGUGCGGUUACGUGUUCCAUGUUAAUAAAUUGGAAAUUGAUUAGUGGCAGUAGUGGCAGCAGUAGCAGCAACCUAUUCAGGUGCCAAUACUGAAGUGAUCCUAAUCGCUGUGCGCCGAGCGGUAGUAAAAAAACCUCCUAAGUCUUCGGUGUUGUUCAGCAGUGUUGUGCGAUUAGGACCAAUCCGAAGGAUUGUUGAGGCAGUAAAAUUCUACCAUCGAGGGACCACUGCCGGUGGUGUGUGCUGUUACUGAAAUUGGCAGCAGCGGCAGCAGAGCCUCGUUGUGAGGCUUGACUUUUUUGAUCACUCCAUUUUGGAAUUACAUCAUCAAAACGUCUCCGGAAAAACCACCACUUCGGUCACCUUCAACCAGUUCUCAUGGGCCACCGUGGCGGAAAAUUGCCGCCGCGAUGUCCACACUUACCAGUAACGCAAACAACAACAAUAACAACAAUCUUAUCUCGAACAACGCAUCCUCAGCUCAACUCAGCAGCACCACCACCACAAGCGCCACCUCCAACAACAACAACCCGAACGCCAUCAACAACAACAACAACCCGGCGGGUGCACCGACGACGCAACACUCCCAUCACCACCUCUACCAGAGCGCCCUGGCAUCCGGAGUCCGAGGACUGUUCACUCGCAGUAUGUCGUCGACUUCGGCCAACGGCGCUGGUGGCGUCGGGUCCACUUCGGGUGGCGCUUCGGCAGCAGGUGGUUCGGCCACGGCUGCCACCCCGGCCAGUGCAAUUCCCGCCGAGUUGAACGUGAUGCUCCAUGGGUACCAUCGGAAGCUGAAGACCAACAAGAAGAAGUACUUUGUAGUGUACGGUGAUACGCCGGACAAAAGUGCCCGGCUCGAGUACUUUGACAGUGAGAAGAAGUUCAAGCAGUCUUGGCUGAAGAGCACCACCUCGGUGCAGGCCAAGCGAAGCAUAGUGCUGCGCAGUUGUUUCAACAUCAACAAGCGGCACGACAUCAAGAAGCACGUGAUCGCCCUGUACACCAAGGACGACUGCUUCUGCAUAGUGUUCGACAGCGAGGAGGAGCUGAACCGGUGGCUGCGGACGCUGCUGUCGUUGCAGCGGGGCGAGGAGUCGGAGGGCGAGCCGCCAAGACCUACUUUCGAGCACGUUUGGGAUGUAUUUGUGGAGCGCAAAGGACUGGGCGAUAGCUGCGGAAUCCUUGGCACCUAUCGCCUCUGCAUCACGGACAAAACGCUUUCGCUGGUACGGAUAGGACCGCCAACGACCAAUUCCGGCGAUGCCCGGGUCGAAGUGGUCGAAUUUUCAUUGGCAUCGAUUAGAAGAUGCGGUGCCUCCCAGCGCUACUUCUACCUGGAGGUGGGCCGGAGUUCGAAAAUCGGCCCCGGCGAGAUAUGGAUGGAAGCACCGGACGCUAUCAUUGCCCACAACAUGCACACCACCAUUAUGAAGCCUACCAAAAACAGAGAGGUGGACGGGCUCGGUCCGAUCCCUCGGAAUCGUUCCUCGUCGGCUAAUGCGGCCUCCAAGCCGACCCAGACGUUGGGCCGCCGUCAGACGUACACCGGCCAGAAGCCGGUCAACUGUUCGCCCUCUGGUGAAGAUCAAAGAUCCCCACAUGCAUCCCAUGCACAGAGUUCCGAGUCCUUCUCGUCGGCCACUAGCACUAAUACAGUAGUCAUGGUCCCACAAAACCCCGCCAAUUCCAGUCAAAAUUCGAAACCGACUCAAAACCACCACCACCACCCGAAUUCGGACAAGCCAUGCACGUCUAUUAGCUCUGUCCCUGCCGCCGUGGCCGUCGGCAGUAGUGGUGUUGUGGCGGGUUUCCCGGCUGCCGGUAGUAGCCAGCCGUCGUCCAAUAGCUGUGGUCACCAGCCGGGCGUUCCCAGUUCCCAUCCUCACCCUUCCCCGACCCCAUCCUACUGUCGAAGUGCCAUCAAGAAACCCAAGUUGGCACCUCCCCCGGAGGAAGAAGGCAGUGCCUCGUCCUUCCUGUCCUACUCCUCAAUCCGUGAACCUUCGACGUCCGGUGGGGCCACUAGCAAUACUACGCCACCAUUGAUGCAACACACUGGGCCUUCCUCUGCUGGUGGUGCCAACGUCACCAGCAGCACCUCCACCAGUGUAAUAGUGGGUACUAACGGCAGCAGCGGCGUGAUCGCGACCACCAUCUCCACCACCUCGCUGGCAUCCACUAGCGAGUCUCCAUCGCCGAGUGACCAUGUUGCCGCGAUCGCCACUUGUCAGACGGCAGCCAUUACAAUGAUGUUGCCCCCAUCGCCUUCGCCGUCAAUGGGCAAGUUCCAUCGUUACCAUCAGCAGCGCCCGCCGUCCUCUUCGUCGCUGUCGUCGUCUUCGUCAUGCUCAAUGUCUCCGAACAGUGGUUUCGCAACUACUGGUGGUGGCGGUCCAGGAGGAAUCAGUGGUUCCGACUCAUCGUCCUGCUGCUCGUCGACUGCCAGUAUUCAAACGGCCAUAACCUCAUCAUCCACGGCAACGGCAGUGCCGAUGGAAGUGGACGAUUUGCCACAGCUAUUCCCCAUGUUACCCCCACCAGUCCCAUCAAUGGCCACUGGUGGAAGCACCACGCGACCUUCAGGAGGGGCGGGAUCUGGAUCUUCCCUCUCACUGGCCGGCAUUACACGCCAUAUGCGCACCGUAUGCAGCAAUCAUUCCACUAGUCACAAUACCGGAAGCAGCAGUAGUAGCGGAACAGUCAUCACCUCCUCAAAUUCUGCUACGGCCGCUACCAACAACACCCUCUUUCUGUCGACGAUUCCGUUGCGACGCUUGCGAAGCUCCCUGCGGCGGCAUUCGGUGUCAGGCGCAGCCAUUGCCCGUGAGCGUUGCGACAGUCUUCCAUCACGAAAUAGAACAACCAGUGAAACCAGCACCCAUCAGCAGCAGUUGAUCAUGAACAGCGGCGGAAUGCCUCCGCCGAGGACGAUCCCAUCUGCCAGUUUCAACCGACCGCAAUCGAUGAUCGUGAACCGCCAGAGCCACAGCCAUAGUCCUCCGGUGCAUUCGUCGCCGCUGAGUCCUCCUUCCGGUGCAUGCUCUACCGGAAGUGAUGGGUCCUCGUUCAGUAUCGACGAACCUGACAGCUACAACAGUUCGCACACACCGGAUGAGGGCAAUGGCUUUCCCAAGGUCAUUAACCAUCUCAGCUCAGGUUGUUCCAUUCCGGAGGAGAAUUCCGAGGAGUACAUCAACAACUACGGAAAAGUUCCUCUUAGGUCCCACACGCAACAUCGAUCUAUGGACGAGUUCGUUAAUAACUUACGGCACAGUUAUAACUCACUAUCGCUUCCAAUAUCACAGGCGAUCAGAAGGGGCAGCCCGGCACCGACGGCCAACAUUGUCAGUUCGGUCGAUGGUACCGGCAACUACAUGGAGAUGUACAGCCCGAGCGGCAGUUCACCGGGCGAUCCAUCCGGCAACAGUGGCUACAUACCGAUGUCACCGAGUACGGACUUUCCCAGAGGCUUGUACAGUUCCAGUGCACACUCACGUACCUCCAGUUUGGCGGAAGACACCGUUGACGCAUAUGUUCCUAUGGCAGCACCAGGUCACAACGCGGAAGAGUACGUCGACAUGGACCCGUCGCACAAUAGUAGCAAUCGAACGCUAGCUGCGGCAACGACCAGUCAGACUACGAUUACGACUGCCGGUGGCAAUGGUAAUAUUAGUUCGGCGGCAUCUAGCUGUAGCAUUACGUCCGGUACCCCUUCGACUGAUAUGCGGUUCUCCGGAUAUCACCUGGACAAGGUUGAGGCUCGCUUUACACCAAGCGAAGAUGAUGAAAUGGAGCGACCAUUGCGGACGUACUCUGUGGGCAGUCGGCUGGAGCACAACAAGCGCAAGUUGCGCGUGGACAUGCUCAGUUCAGAAGGUUCCUCGAAUUCAAGGGUUCGAGCGUUUUCUGUAGGCUCAAGAGCAAAGGUUCCGCGAUCCGAUGUGUAUAAAGGAAGCGGUGCUCCGAUCACAGCACCAUUACUUUCGGCGAGUAGCUCCGGAAGCUUGCAGGAAACUAGUAGCAACAGCGGAAGCAUUACCAACUGUGCUCCUGGGACAAGUACAAACUCCAGAGGUUCAAACUCCAGCAUGAAUGAAGGCAGAACGGGCAAGAAGUCGUCAAGUGCCCCUACCUUGGCGCCAAAGCCUCAUGGAUCGUUUGAUCCUAUUAUGGAUGAUUUGAUGGAGAUCGAUUACAGUGCUCCACAGUUUCACGGCGAACCGGCUGUUAGUAGUAGUACACCACAAAAGACUUCGGGUAUGGAGGAUUACAUGGAGAUGACGGCAGGAGGGAAUAAGAAAAAUACCGGAUAUGUUGAAAUGAAACCGGGACAUAUCCCACCGGUGGUUGCGAGUUCCCUUGAGAAUAGCGAUUAUCUGGAUAUGCGACCGGGGACAGGAUAUGAAUCGAAUCCGUCGACGAAAAGCAAAAGCUCUCCGAUUAAGAUUAGUUCGCCGAAGAAAUUCAGCAGUGGUGGGAAUAAUAACAACAACUACCUGGAAAUGUCCCCACGUAUGAUGGGGACAUCAUCUUCGUCUUCCUCAUCAAUAGCCAACCGUAAAUCUGCAGUACCUUCGGAAGAUUACCUGAACAUAAGUCCACUGAUGAUGACCAGUGCGGGAGGUGAUAGUGGUAACGAGGAAAAAAUGAUUAACGAAGAAGAGGACGAGGAGGAAGUGGUUGCGCCAAGUAGUGCUCCAGAUGUCUACAUGGAGAUGACAUGGAGCCAGCCCAAGACUAAUCUGAAGCUGGAUUGUUCUAAACCCGCAUCAGAUGACUAUAUCAAUAUGGAUUAUAGUCGCAAAGAAGGAGGCUCGAGUGCGUUGGACCCCCGUAUGAGUUCGAUGCCAAUUGCGAUUCAGUCGGGAAGCGCUGGUCGAACAUUACAAGGGGACCUGAUGGAACCAAAGAUAGGCGGAGCACCGUCUAAUAUUCCAAAUUACCUUCCCCUGAAUUCCUCGGCGACACGACACCAGGUCGCAGCACAAAUUGGCUUCAGCCCAAAGCAGAACAGUUUGCGAUCACGCUGUGAUUCGAGAGAUAGUGGAAUUGUGACACCUUCCGGAAGCCAGGUAACCAUUUUCCCGUUCAGUCCUGGAAGCCCAAUCAAAUCGUUUUCGUUGGGUGUGGAACCUAGUGCAGAAGAGAGGAAAUGUUUCGUAGAUGCAACUACCGGCACUUUGCGAAUCAGUGAAACCGAUGAGGAUAACAGUGAAGAAUCGAAUGAGUUCCUAGCAGUCGAUCAGCAACAGCCAUCGCAACCGAAAGACGCCACGGAGAGUAGUAAGCUGGAGGAUCUAAGUCAUAACUAUGCCGAGUUGAGUAUAGGUCACCAACAACAACAACAACAACAACAGCAACAGCAGCAACAAACUCAGCAAAAGACUGAGAAAAGUAGUCAUCCAAGUUCCUUCAGCAGUACCAAAAAAGCAAAUCUAAGUUUAAUUCUCACAACAUCGACUAAUACUAGAACAACACCAACAGUAACUGCUAUGAAGUCUGCCGUAGAAUAUCCGGACUACGUCAACUGCACACCGGUAACAACUCCCGUGGUAACUAAACCAACCACUCCUAUGGCAGUGGAUGAUCAAGCCGGGGAUUAUGCUAUAAUGAAUCCAGCUAGUCUCAGGAAGCUAUCCAGCACUUCUCAGUCGGAACUGGCAUCGACGGAAAGUGGACUUCCUCCGUUGACCAAAAAGUCCAAUCAGAUUUUCAAGCCGAUAACAUCGAGUCAAGAUGAAGCAUUUCUGAAGAAAUCCGGUGGUGCCUCACCCAAGCCAGCAUUCAGUCGACAAUACUCAGAACGCCGAGCUGGUCCAUCUGGAAUCGAUUCGUCGGGUUAUGAGAUGCUUCAACGCACCUCCCGACCGAACAGCGUAAACAGCGAAAAAAUCACCAACAAAUGUCCUCCAUCUGUAGGCUCGACACGUCCUAGUUCGGCCAAUAGCGACAGGCUUCCCAUCAUAUCAGCUACCUCAUCAUCCGCUUCCUCAACAUCAACGUUGUGCGAGAGUAAAAACCAAAGCCCCACGGCGUCUAGCAUGAUGAUUGCAACAACUACGACUACGACGACUCCCGGAGUACGACCGGAUUCCGUUACCUCGCUCACAGAUCCGCACAUCAUUUCGAGACCGCCAUCGGUAAGUUCGGAACGCGAGCUGCACUAUGCCAGUCUCGAUCUUCCACCUUGCACAAACCCUCCACAAUCGGCGCCGGCAGUCGGUGCAGUGGUGGUACCACCCAACCGCAUGGAAGUUGAUUCCGAUACGGCCACGGCAAGUCGCCCUGGUGGACCUGACUCGUUAAACUCCAGUCCUAGUCCCAACUCUGGAUGUACCUCGCAACAACAGACUGGUUCUGCCUUCACGUAUGCUCAAAUAGAUUUUGUCCGCUCGGUUGCCCAGGCCCAAGCCCAGCAACAGCAACAACAGUCAUUAACCAAAAGCGGCCAACAGCAACAGUAAAUAGAGCACAGGAUACCGAAUAAAACACACACACAUUCUUACAUACACACUGAAACAACUGCCAAUCUGAAACAACAAAAGCGCCCCUCCUUUCAAACGUAAGUAUAGCGGUUAAGCUGCGUGAGAUGUACAUAUAUACAGUUGCAGCAAGCAGGAAGCGGAAGCACACUCCUCAUGUGUGCACUAUUGCAGUAGUAGCACUGCAAAAGUUCGGAUUAGGGACAGUUCUUCGUUACCGUUUAUUUUUUGUACCAAGAUGUCUACACAUGAAGAGAGAGAGAGGGCACCGAGAAGGAGAGAGGCAAGUUGGCAGUUUGAUCGAAUCCAAGAAUUAGCAGAGGAGAGAGAGCCACACUACUACCUAAGCAUGUCGAACGUUAUUUUUAAUAAGUGUUUAAGAAGAAUCGCCUCGCGCGAUCAGCAAAAGAUGGAAAAUGAAACAAAAAUAUUCCAAAAAUAGUUUAAUUGCAAAAGAAACAGAACAACAAACCCCAAUAGAAUUACACAAGAACGGAUAAACAAAAUAGGGAGACAGGGAAGGAGAGAACCUACAGAUGAAACACAUUGAGAUAUAAGAGGAAAUUUCAAAUGCCAAAAUAAGCUUUACUUGAUUUUCUUGUUUUUUUUUGUUUACUUUCAUCAAAGGAUAGAAGAAAAUUACACGAUUAUAUAAACUAUAUUAAGCAACAGAAACACACAUACACAUAAAGUUAAAAGAAAGUCUAGCUGGUAAGUAAAUUAAUUGAGGGUAACGUGUAAGUUUAGACUAAUGUAGAAACGGGAAAAAUGGAGGAAAACUAUAGAAAACUUUAUUUUUUAUUAAGAAAAAAAAAAUCAACUUUUUAGCCUAUAAGGAGGGAUAGAUUUAGUCGAAAAGUAUAACUUAUACAAGUUUAAA